ACAGUUCUACUUUUUAUAGCAUUUGUUGAGAAACUAUUGAGACAUUAUGAUGAGAAAAAAACUCACAAUAUUUGUACUCCAGUGGCUCAUUUUUGUAGUCCAAUGUCAAGGAUCAACUAAUUUUGUGCUUCAGUCUACACCAUACAUGACAGUACAACCCAGAGAUAAUGUGACACUGAACUGUAGCAUCGGUAAAGGACAGAGCAUGGGUAGCUACACUAUGCUGUGGUACAGACAAGCCCAUUAUGGACAACCUAUAGAAUUUAUUAUAAAAGAGUAUGGGGAACCAACGCAAAACUUUGAAGUGUUUCUAAAUACGAAAGACAACUUGUUCAGCCUGCUGGUCUCUAACCUGUCUGUGAAGGACAGUGCCACUUAUUACUGUGCUGCAAGCAGUCAGGCUUACUUUGGUGGAGGCACAAAGUUAACAGUUCUAGAUCCUGGUAUUAAUAUCACUCAACCAAAGGUGAAAAUUCUAAAACCCUCAAAAAAGGAGGCCUGUGGGAAAGCUGUGACUCUCGUGUGUUUGGCCGAAGAUUUUUAUCCAGACCAUGUGACAAUAAAGUGGAGAAUUGGCAACACAGAAGUUGUUAAAGGAGUGGCAACAGACCAAUAUGCUACCCAGAAUUCCGAUAAAAAGUUCCACAUGUCCAGCAGGCUCAAAGUAAAAAAAAAAGAAUGGAACAAUGCAAAAAAGAAAUUUACCUGCAUAGUAACAUUCUAUAAUCAUAAUAACACAGAGGUAAUAGCCACAGUAAAUGGAGUUGUAGGUGGAUUUGACCGAGAUGAACACGUGAGAAAGACACAGACAGUAAAGCUUGCAUAUGGUGUGUUCAUUGCUAAAAGUGGACUUUAUGGACUUUUUAUUUUUCUCUUUAUAUGGAGACAGGGUCUGGCAAAAAAGCAAUAAAGUGAAUAACCAGCUGAAGAAGUUACCACGGAAACUAUAAUCCGGAUACAGUUGUUCGACUUCCUGUAUCAUGUUUUCUAACAAAUUUCAUUUUUUUUGAGGAUUUAACUCAGUGAAGCUAAUUAUUAUUUAGCAUCCUAUAGCGGCAAAUCUUUCUCAUAAUACAUUUUUUUUUGUUAUUUUUCUCCUUUUAAAAUGUACUAUAACCUUUUCCAUUUUGUUCUUAAUAUUUGUAGUUCACUGUACUGAACUGGUUUAAUAUAAAAUAAACAAUAUUCCAUGUAAGAAUA